AUGGCAUUUUCCAAAAUCUUUGUAAUGACCUUCCUUCUUGCCGCAUUCGUUUCUACUAAUGCUUUCAAACUUAAGUCGAGGGAGGACGGAAUGAGAGUUGUGCCUUCUGAAAUGAUACCAAGUCUCUACAGACGAUAUCCACCUCUCGCUGAUGCCGAACUGGAUUUGCCCUCACUGAUUGAAUUAUAUGAGAUUGAAAAACGCCGCACACCAUACAGUGGAGGAAUAUUUGGUCGUUAA